AAUGCAAAUUCAAAUUCCGAUGCAACAGAACUUACUUAAGUUGUUAUUUAUAGAGCUAUAGUACGUCGACUUCUUCAACACUCUGUUUUAUAUGAAAAAGACUCGCUCGGAUUUUUAACAGCUUAUCUAAUUAUCUCGUAAGAAAUACCGAUAACAAUUAAAAGAAGCUUCGACUAAAUACCGAUAACAGCGUGGCGGAGUUCGUAGCCCAAGAAGAGAAACUAAGAGACAGAAAGAUUCGCGAUCUUAAAAGUUAAUUUAUUCUGCCGGAGUACAUCAAUAAUGAAAGCUAAAAGACUUCUUAAGAAAGUUGUUUUUCUGUUUCUUGUUAUGUUAGCAGUAACAGGACAUACAGAAGCGAGACGUUCAAAGAGAAGCGUUGACCAGCUAACUACAAUGAUAGCCUGUGCAACAAAGAAUAAGUGGAUGCACUACAUGAGCUAUGGCUGUUACUGUGGACCGGGGGGACAGGGGGAACCAGUAGAUGAAGUUGACAGAUGCUGUCAGAGACAUGAUCGGUGUUACCAACAAGUUAUGUAUAGCAUGAAAUGCUGGUUAUCUCUUGAAGUCUACUUCCUGUCCUAUGAUGUCACCAGAUGUAACUACUGCAAGCCUUCAAACAGUCCAUGUGCCUUGGAAAUCUGCAAAUGUGACUCGACGUUGUCAAAGUGUUUAAAGAGCAAACCACUUCAAAAACGCUACGAACUCUACGAUCAGACAAAAUGUUCCCCGAACCUCAUAUAAGAGCCUGAUAUAUAACACAUCAUUCGGCUGUGUACACUGGAAAGAUCGCUAUAUUGGACAUCAUCAAAACAUGUCAUUUUGCCUGCUUAGCAUUUGCUCUCGAUUUUUGUGCAGAAAAUAUGAUUAGAUCCACAGGUAUAUUUUAGCAGAGAAAAAUAUAUUAAUAAAUUGAUACUAAAAUAUU